AUGGUGAACAUUCCCAAGGUCAAGAAGGCCUACUGCCGGGCGAAGGAGUGCACCAAGCACACGCUGCACAAGGUCACUCAGUACAAGACGGGCAAGGCCUCGCUCUACGCGCAGGGCAAGCGCCGUUACGACCGCAAGCAGUCCGGGUUCGGUGGCCAGACGAAGCCCGUGUUCCGUAAGAAGGCCAAGACCACGAAGAAGAUCGUGCUCCGGCUGCAGUGCUCGCAGUGCAAGUUCGUGCACCUGCACCCCAUCAAGCGCUGCAAGCACUUCGAGAUCGGCGGUCAGACGAAGAAGCAGAAGGCGUAA